CAAAAUGGCCUUCAACUUCUUGGCAUCGGCACCAUGAGUCAGGAGAUCACCAUCAAGACGUUCUGCUCCGAAGUGACCUGUUCCAUCUGCUUGGAGUAUUUCAGAGACCCCGUGCUGCUUCAGUGCGGGCACAAUUUCUGCCACGACUGCGUUAUGAAAUACUGGAGGGAGUUUGUUUUGCAGUACAUUUGCCCCCAGUGCAAAAUGGCCAGCGGGACGGAGGGGGUUCUCCCAAACAAAUCCCUGGAAAAAUUUGCAAGGUUGCUCGAACAGCGGAAGCAGGAGGCAGGAGGCAAAGAGGCCUGCGAGAAACAUCAGGCGCCUUGGAAAUAUUUCUGCAAGAAUCACCAAGCCCCCUUCUGCAAGUGGUGUGCUGGAUCCAAAGAUCAUGAAGGUCACGUCAAGAUCUCCUUGGAGCAAGCAACCCAAGAAUUUAAGGAUUAUUUCCGUGAGCUCCUUGUUUAUAUAGAGAAUCAGAAAAGUGCAAUUCUGCAGCAUAAAUCGUCUAUAGAGAAAGAAAGCCUAGAUAUAAUCAAAGCGACACAGACCAUGAAGAAAGUGGUGGAGGAUAGGUUUGAGGAGCUACGCCGCUUUCUGAACAGCGAAGAACAUACUCAGAACAGCAAAAUCAGCGAGGUGGAGAAGAAUGCCAUCCAGAAACAGGAGGAACGAAUGGAUGAGUUGUUUUGGCAAUUCUCUUCUUGCGAUAAGAUGAUGCGAGAAUUGCAAAAGAAAUGUGGCCAGCAACCAAAUGACCUACUGCAGGAUGUAAGCAGCACUCUAGAAAGGUGUAAAAAGAAGGAGAUUCUGCAACAUCUCAAGCUUUUCCCUCCUAAGAAUCGGUGGGAACUAUGGAACGUAUGGGAUGCUAACAUCUUUCUGAAGAAAGCCUUCAAGCAAUUCCAAGUUUUUGGGGAAACACAGGGUUUGCUUCCAAGAUUGCUCCCCCAACCGUCAUGCUUGCUUAUCUGCAUCUUUUACUUCUUCCCUCCUCCAGCGGUGAUAACUUUAGACAAGAAGACGGCUCACCCUCUACUCCUCCUAUCGACAGACUGCAAAAGCGUGACGCUGGGAAACGAGGAGCAAUCGUUUCCAAAGAGUCGUAAGCGAUUUGACACGAGCCACAUUGUGCUGGGCUGCGAGGAGUUCAAGAAGGGCCGGAGCUAUUGGGACAUUUCCAUGGGCCACGAGGGGGACUGGACAGUGGGCGUGGCUCAAAAAUCUGUGAAGAGGAAGAAUACCAUCUCCAUUGAGCCCAAAAGUGGCAUUUGGGCCAUCGGGAAGCGUGGCAGUGACUAUUUUGCUUUUGAAACUCACAAUUGUUCUCCGCUGCAACCCAAUCAGGAGCCGAGAAAGAUUCGGGUCUUUUUAAAUUACCCCGGGAAGCAUUUGUCUUUCUUUGACGCCGAUGAAGCAACAAUACUUCAUCAUACCUACACAAACACAGCCUCCAAAGAGGCCUUUGUUCCUUUUUUUCACCUCUCUCACAAGGCUGUUCUCACCCUGACCCCCUAAGUUGACUGGAAGGAAGGAUGUUGGUGGCUUUUAAAAGCCUCGCACUCCAAUUUCCAUGACGCAGCCUUACAAAGGAGACAAGCAACACAUCAACCACACUUUUAGUUUGCCUUUUUUUUUAAAUUUUGGAUUCUUAUCCGAAUCUAAUUCAUUCAAAACACCAGCUUCUUGCUUCUAACCAAGGAGCUUUCCAAAGGACUUUUUUU